AAUAAAUUCAAACUAAAAUUUUUAUAAAUUCGCUUUUCUAAUCCUUUUAUCAUGCCUGAUAUAGAAGAGUGCUACAAUCAGAAUAAACUGAACUUGCGCAAAGUUUUGGAUGCGCUAGUCUGCCAAGAUUAUGAUGUGCAUAGACUUAAUGGCGACUUGAUCAACCUUCGGAAGGAAUUGCAAAAACGUGUGGAACAAAUUGUUGAGAGUGCGCAAGCAACACGCACUGAUGCAAUUUCAUGUAUAGAACCAAAUGAUGAGUUUGAAUCUCAAAUGAGAGCACUCAAUGAGGUAAUUGAAUGUUCUAGAAAACGUAUGGAGAAGCUUCAAGAAGCACGUGAAUCUAUAUUAGCUUGUGCUGAGAACUGUGUUAAGGAACUGCUUGCUUUAAAGAUCAAACUAAAGAAAUCCUAUGCUGAGACGUUGGAGUGCUUAAAGUGUAAUGCAGUAAUGGCUACUGAAGUUGAAAAAAUUUGUUCAUAUAAACGAAGAGUAUCGGCUCUAGAAAUUUCAUUCGAUGAAGAAGUGAAUUUUACUAAAUCGGUCGAAUACAGAUUAAGAAGUUUUUUCGAGGAGCUUGCUAAACGUGAUGUUCCUGUAUUUUGCGAAGAAGACCCCUUUGAUCUUUUUGAUUGGAUGCCACCAGUUAAAGAUGAAAUUUGGCUUCAAGAAAUGAUUGCGGAAAUGAAAGAGGUAAUGGGACGGACUAUGAUAAACGCUUUAGCUGAAAUGCAUAUGCUUCGUCCAAGUGACCCUUUGAAGUUUCUAGCAAUGUACUUUUACCAUGAAUGUAGUAAGAAAAAAGAAGAAGAAGAUAUUCCAAAAUGUGACUAAUUUUACAAAACUUUUUACAAAAAAUA